AUGUCGUUUUCUAUAAGGGCGACACCUAGAAGCGGUGGUCAGUCACAACCUUUAAGCAUGGGUGUAGAAAACUUUCGUACAUUCAAAGUGGCACACCAACGUGUAUCACUGGAUGUUAAUUUAUCCACACAUAAAAUCAAGGGCACUGUCGAUAUAAUAUUAAUUCCGUUGAUUCAAAAUCUAGAUUACAUUACGUUAGAUUGUAAAGAGAUGAAGAUUACUGACGUUUUAAUUGAGAACAGAAGAUGUGAGCAUUAUAUUCAUGACGAUACUUACAAAUCACUUCUGACAAGGUAUACCUCCCAACCAGAUGAAGAUAUACUUUAUAACCAUAAUUCAAUUGAACAAUCGCAUUUUUUCAGGGAGAAGUUUGCAGAUUUGAAUGAGAAACCUGAAGAAAGAACAAAAUCUCAACUUACAGUGAAAGUACCCUCUUUUAUAAAAAUUACUCUACAAGAUGCCAGUUCUUUAACCAAUUACACUCCAAUUACUCCAUCAAUUAGAGGGACACCUAUUUUCCAAGAAGAAGUGUUCACUCCAAUUACUUUAAAAGUUGAAUACGAAAUAGAAAAUCCAAGGAACGGUAUUGUUUUCGAUACAAUCUUAGAGGAACAUCCUCAUUUAUGGAACGCUUACACUACAAACUCGGAGUUGUGUGCAUCUGCUUCGUACUGGGUUCCAUGCAUUGAUCUAUUUGACGAAAAGUCCACAUGGGAAAUUGAAAUCAGUGUCCCCAAAAAAGUUAAAGAUAUAGGAAUAACAAAAAUUGUUGGACAACAACAAAAAUCAAACAAUAAUCAUUUAACGACGAACAAAAAGGUGGACUCAAGGUCGGGGUUGAACAAUAUUGAUUACGAUGAUGAAGAAGAAGAAUACGACAUUCUAGAGGAAGAAGAUACAGAAAACCCUAUGAAUAGAGAUAUUGUAGUCUGUUGCUCAGAGUUUUCGACAGUUAGAGAAUUAAAUCAUCCAACUGAUUUAUCAAAAAGGAUAUUUUCCUUCCAAAUUUUCAACCCUGUAGCCCCUCACCAUGUUGGUUGGGCCAUUGGUGCAUUUAACACCUGGGAGUUGCCUUCUUUAGUACCAUAUGAAGAAAAGGCUGAAAUAGACGAACAAGACGAAAAUGACGACUUUAACAACAACAACAAUGUAAAUAACAAUCAUAUUCAGCACGAAGUUGUCGAUGACAUAGAUUCCAAUGACAUAAUACCGAUCCAUGUUUAUACUUUACCAACACAUGAUGUUGAUGAGAAAACAGUAAUAAAUUCAACUAUCGUUUGCCAAAAAAUAAUUGAUUUCUAUUCAAAAGAAUUUGGCUCAUAUCCAUUUACGUCGUACUCACUUGUCUUUCUACCAACACUUUUGAACGAAAAUAUGGAUUUUGCCAGUUUGACACUCUGUAAUAGUCGUCUACUUUAUCCUCCAAAAUUAUUAGAUGAAGUCUUUCCAACAACAGAAAAGCUAGCAUGGUCAUUAGCAUCACAAUGGUCUGGUGUCAACAUAACGCCUUUAGAUAUCAAUGAUAUUUGGUGUUGUCUGGGCAUGGCUGGGUAUAUGGUUUUUCAAUUUACCAAAAUUCUAUACGGGAAUAAUGAAUUAAAAUAUAGGCUGAAAAUUAACAGUGAAGCCAUCGUAGAUGAAGAUUGGGAGAAGUCUCCCAUUGGCUCUACCUUCCACAAUUCAUCGAGACCGAUAUCCAUAAUAAGUAAAGAAUUAGAUUUCAUCAAGCUGAAAGCACCGAUGGUCCUCUACAUUCUAGAUAAGAGAAUGACGAAAACUGAAAGGUCCUUCGGUAUGUCUCGUGUACUGCCGAAAAUCUUUUUACAAGCUAUGUCUGGUGACUUACCAAAUAACUCAUUAUCUGCUUCGCAUUUCCAACAUAUUUGUGAGCGUGUGAAUAAAAAUAAAUUAGAAUACUUUUUUCAACAGUGGGUUUACGGUUCUGGUGUACCAAUUUUUAGAGUGACUCAAAGAUUCAAUAAAAAGAGAAUGGUAAUCGAACUUGGUAUUAGACAGUGUCAAAAUACUGAACUAGGCCAAGAUAAAACGGUGGGCUCUAGUGGGUUUUUCAACAGUGCCUUGCAUCAUUUAAAACACGAAGAAAAAGAUAUUGUACCAUUUUUCACUGGAUCUAUGACCAUAAGAAUCCAUGAAGCUGACGGUACACCCUAUGAACAUAUUGUGGAGCUGAAGGAUAUUUUUACCAAAAUUGAUAUUCAAUACAAUACUAAGUAUAAAAAACUAAGAGGAAGAAGGAUGGCAUCUACUUUAAAAUUGAACGCCAGUACAUCUAAUCUCCAGGACGACUUUAUUGAUGGAUCUGUUGUUGAUAAAGAUGAAGAGGUUCAAAAAUUUGGUACAGUUUUAUCUAGUGAAGAAGAUUGUAAGAAGUGGAAUUUAGAGAAUCUUACCAAAACCACUGAAGGCAAUGAACUACAAAAACAAAAUGAAGUAUUUGAAUGGAUUAGAAUAGACUCUGAUUUUGAAUGGAUCUGCAAAAUGUAUAUUAAUCAACCCGAUUAUAUGUUUGCAUCUCAAUUACAACAAGAUGGGGACGUAGAAGCCCAGUUUGAGAGUAUAAAGUACUUUGAGGAUGUUACUGUAAAUGCAAACAAAAAUUCAUUAAUUUAUUCUUCUAUACUAGCAAGAACCGCUAUGGAUGAUAGAUACUUCUAUGGAAUACGGUUAGAAGCAUGUAAAGCUUUGGCUAAAUUUAUUUACAGACCAGAAGAGAUUUUCUUAGGCGGUUCCAGACAUUUAAUUAAGAUUUUUCAAACAUUAUUUUGUUUUGAAGAUUCGAAUAUUCCCAAAAACAACAGAUUCGAUAGUUUUCAAAAAUAUUUACUUCAAAGAGAAAUACCAAGUUUUUUGAGUAGUGUUAGAACAGAACAAAAUGACUGUCCCUCAUUUGUGAAGCAGUUCCUCCUCGACAUUUUAACAUACAAUGAAAAUGCUGAAAAUCCAUUUGAUGACAUAAUUUACCUGACAAGGCUAAUAAAUAAUGUUGUAACAUGCACUAUAAACGAUAAAGAGGAUAAAAGCUUUUUAAAGAAAGUCGUUGAACAACUAAAUAGGUAUGAAAACUUGGAUACAUGGAUACCUACCUAUCAAGUAAAGCUAAUGAAGACCAUUUUAGAGGAGAAAUUAAGAUUAAAUAUAGCAGGAUUAUACGAUUUUGGCAAUCUUAAGAAAUACUUACAAUAUUCACUAAAUUAUGACACUUUGAGCUCCAAAUACCCUGAAGAUCUACCAAGACUGAGAGAAGGUUUUCAAGAUAUAGCCUUGACUUCUUUCAAAAUCAUGUUGCUCCAGGGUGGUAUUAAAAACAAAUAUUCGCUCGAAUAUUUCUUCCAAUCGCUUUGUUUCAUUCCGGACGUGUACAUACGAGGCAAUUUGGUGGACACAUUUAUAGAAGUUAUUGAAAUAAUUGCAACCAAAAAAAUGACACACACAUUAGAUGAUGAUAUUACAUUUCUGAUCGAAAAGAUAAAUCCCGCUCAAAUCAAUAUCGAAAACGAGGAUGAGAUAUCUGCUUUAAUGAUGGGUGCUACGGACUUUGAACUUAAUGAUAGGAAAACACAACUAAUGCGUUCUACAAUCGAAGGUUUGCUAAUAUUAUUACGAAGGAAUUUCGAAGACUACGAACCGUUGAAAAAAAUCCUUUGGGAUGUACUACAUAUGCCAGUAUUGAGUCUGUACCAAAGAAAGCGUCUUUUUGACAUAGCACGCGUGCUCUACACACUAACCGAUAGCUUCCAAGUCAAGCUUCCUGCUCCAAGAACGAAGAAGUUGGUGGCUAAAUAUAUUGGCGGCUCUAAGGUAAUAAUAAAACGUGACGGUAUCUUGAAAGUGCAUUUAUCUGCCUCAAAGGCCAAGCUGUCCGGAAUUACAUCUUCAGGUAGCACCGCUCCGCAUGAAGUAUCCUCCGCAGCAAAAGUCAAAACUCCUACAUCUACUAAAGCCAAAAUCACAUUGACUAAACCCUCGAAGAAAGUCAUCAAACCAGUCGUAAAUAAAGUGGGCUUUCUACCAAUUAGGUUUCUAAGACUUUCUGACAAGUACAGAAAAGUUAACAUUUCAUCAGUACCCUUCAGUGAUAAUGUUACCAUAGUGAAAGCCAAUGCAAGAUCUUUCACGGUUAAGGUCAAGUUGCCCAAGAAGAAGUAA